AUGGCAAGGUCUGUUCGCAGUCGCAGUGGCGCUCGUUCCGAGCUCAACCGUCUGCUCAUCAGCGAUGGCCGUCGGAGUCUGUGGACUUGUUCCAUACAGACCUUGGGUCAGAUGCAAGCCUCGCAUAUUCAACCUGAUGCUUUCACUUGCAGCUCUGCGAUUAGCUCCUGCGAGAAGGGGGCUUGGCAGAUUGCCCUCUGCUGCUUCAGCAGUCUGUGCAAAUCUGUCCUUCCCAACGCAGUCGUGUACACCACCCUGAUGAUGGCCUUCAGCAGGUAUGGAGAGUGGCGACAGGCCCUCGACCUGUUCCGGCGCCUGGUUGCGGAGAACGUGCAGAUGGACAUUGUGCUGCACGGCGCCGCUGUGAAAGCCUGCGAGGAGGGCAGCCAAUGGCAGGAGGCCCUCUGCAUCCUCCAACGGCUCGCCCAGCGUGCGUUGGUCCCGGACACGACCCUGCUGAACUCGGCUAUCAGUGCUUGCGAGAAGGCUGAAGAGUGGCCCUGGGCCCUCCACUUGCUCCAGACACUCUCGGACUGGGUCCUCCGUGCCGAUGCCAUUUCUUUCAGUGCCGCGAUCAGUGCUUGCGAGAAAGCCGUGCAGUGGCAGCAGGCACUGCUCGUUCUUGCCGAUGUCGAGCGCAGUUCGCUGGAACUGGACAUCAUCCUUUGCAAUGCCGCUCUCAGCAGCUGCACCAAGGGAGCCUGGAGGUGCAGCUUGCAACUGCUGAACACUUUGGAGCAGCGUGCAAUGGCGGCCAGCCGGAUCACCUUGAAUGCAGCAACGGCUGCGGCCAAGCCAUGGCAGCUUGCUUGGUGCCUCUUGCCCAGCUUCACAUCCCGCACCCUCCGGACCGAUGUGAUCGCGUACAAUUCUGUGGUGUCCGGUGUCGCUGACUGGCCGGUGGCCUGCCAGCUGCUCCGCAACAUUGAGGAGGUGUUUCUAAACGCUUCAGUGGUGAGCUAUACGGCAGCUUUGGAAGCUUUCGCCCCGCCCAAAGACGCGGUGUCCCCAUCCGCCGGAUGGCGGCACGCUUUGCAAGUUCUCUUUGCCGCCCCGUGCUACAACGAAGCGUCGCUGCCCAGAGGGGAUUCGCAGAAGAACCGCGCGGACCACACAUUACAAGUAGCUGCAGAGUACCUGCACGCAGCGGACUUCGAACAGUGUUCUCCACCGGAUCCCGUUGAGUGCAGCAUUUGCUUGGAGGGCGAUGCCAAUGUGCUGCUGCCAUGUGGCCACCGCUACCAUGCAGACUGCUUGGACCGGUGGUUCGAAACUCGUCAGGUCUGCCCCACCUGCGGAAGAGCUUACGGGGACACUGUAGGAACGAUGCCAGAUGGAGUGAUGAGCUGGCAUUUUCGAAAACAGCGCCUGGCUGGCUACAGCUGCCCUACCGUGGUCCUUCAUUUCUUCUUUCCGCGCGGUACAGUCGACGGAGAGGAGUUUGAGGGUCGAUCGCAGCAUGCAUAUUUGCCGGACGACGAAGAAGGACGUUCUCUCUUGGCCCUCUUCCAGUUGGCUUUCCGUCGAAGACUCCUUUUCGGUCUAAGACCUUCUUUGACGACAGGGCGCCUGCGGCCGACAUUUUCCAUCCACAUGAAAACGUCCAUGAGUGGUGGCCCAGCCCGACACGGGUACCCGGAUCCGCAAUACUACAGAAACGCCGUGGAAGAGCUGCGAUUGGCAGGCAUCGAAAUCGACGCGGCACUGCCGGUGGCAGUGUCUCUCCACAGAAGCUCCUACGGGUGUGCCAAAUGUGGGCGAGUCACAGUGGCUGUUCUCAACGGCCUAAUCUACCCGGUGACCCCUCUGGUAUGCUUUUUCGCGCUGGCAGCGACAGGAGAAGGGCGCAUGGCGGUGCUGGCUGCGAUUUCAGUCGAAGCCGGGCUGACCCUCCCGGCCUUCCCGUCCACGCUGGGAUUCCUUUUGUGGAUCCUUCUAACCACGAUCGCGUACACAUCCCUUGACUUGGUCUGCAUGCUGGCCACCGGCAUUGCAAACUUUUACGUCGUGUUGCGACUACUUUUGCAGCACCGAUACAGCUGCUUCGACACAGUUGCGAGCCGGGCACGCCCCUGGGUGGCAAACCGCCUGUUCCAGCUGGGUCUCCUGAAUCUGGUGAUCCUUUAUUCUGGCAUUUGGCAAUAUACCUUCGGCAAGGUUGCUCUGGCAGGAGCUGCUGCUUCUUUCCUGGCGCAGCUCUUGCGGAGAGCUGGGUAUCGAACCCCUGCAUGGGUCCAGGAUACUACGACCCCCGACUUGCAUGCCGCCCUCGAGAUGGCGCCGUGGCCGGGUUGCCAGGAGCCAGUGGGAGAUGUGGGCCCCUUUCGAGAAGAAGACUGGGCGAGGUAUUCUUGCUGUACAUCUUUGCAAGGUCGCACAGACAUGCGGCGAGUAUAUCAGGACGUGCUGCGAUCGCUCGAAGACAACAGCAAAGCAACAGUGAGCGCUGCUAUCCAGACGAUGCUUGCAAAUGAACUGCACUUUUCGGAGGAGCACGCAGUGUUCUACCACAGCUACUCCAGCUCUUGCAUACUUUACGAGUUGCAAGCCGUGCUCGCUGCUUUCUUCCUUGGCUAUCCGGCAGAUGGCCCGCCGAUACUACGCUUGACGAGGGCUCCCUUCGAGAACGUAUCCUUGCAGCAGCUGCUGGACCUCCGCAAAGCUGGCGUCAGCGAUCGCACCCCAGAGUUCCGAGCCCUUGCUAUCUCUGCGUUUUGUUCCUGCUUUGCCUCUGGAGGCUAUGGGAGGAGCAUGUUGGAAAACUAUCUUGUCAGCGGAUACCACACUCCGCAUGACACCAGCGCCGACAUUCGACGGCUGCUGGAGCUGGUCUUGCAGCCAGCCGGGGAGCUCGAGGAGCUGCCGGCCUUGCUGUCCGGCAUCCUGGCACUUGGCCAGGAGUUUGACCUGGAUUCGCGGGCUUCCGGGGCGAAGGGAGCAGCCAAACGGAGAGGGCAUGUCCUGCAGAUUUUCCUCCACCACUCCGUGGUGGACGCCGUUGUUUAUGGGGCCCAGCCCUUGGGCUCCCUGGCACCACAGGGUGUUCCCUUCUCCGAGUGGCUUCGACAGCAGUGCCCGGUGGAGGGCCAAGCGCGCCUCCUGGUGCAUCCGGAUCUCUUCCUUGACACACGCCGCGGCCUUGUGCACGUGGUGGCUUUGAGCCCAAGUUGGCGGUUCGACCGGCUUGGCUUCCGCAGUCGCCUUCGGGAGCUUCUUGGGCCCCACUUGGCGAAGGCAGCACAGGAGGAUCUGAAGGCAGCCCUUGGAUUUCGAGACACUGCGGAGACGCCCUCUGCUACGCAGGUCUCACCAGAAAUGGUGUAG